AUGUCUACGCUUGAUACGUUGCGAGAAGAUAUUCUCGAUGUUUUUAAUGCGUUCGAUGAGGAGGGUUCUGGUAGUAUUUCGAUGCAGGAGCUAUCGCGUGCGCUCUACACUAUCACUGGUUCUCGGAUUUCUCGCUCUGAUUUGCACUUGCUUGUACAGGCAGUGCAGGAGGAGUUGAAGGAGGAGGCGGAGGGGAAAAAGACGCCUGUAUGUGCUGAUUCUCCUCGGAGAUCAAACCCCCCUGGUCGAAGUAUGCCGCAGGGUCCGAAUGGGGAUCAAGAUGCAGUGGGCUCAACUUUGUUUGUUGCUGUAGUGCUGAAGGUGCUCAAUAGACGCACGUACGAGCAGGAGUUGCUGUUUACGUUUCACCUGCUGGAGGAUAAAAACUAUCCCGGCUUUAUAACCAAGGAUAGUCUCAAGACUGCUGCGGCUGAGAUGGAGGAACGUCUGACGGAUCAGGAAAUAAAUGAGAUGUUUGAUAAGUUAGUGACGGGGGUAUCAACUGCUGCUGUGGAUUUCACGACGUUUGCUACCAUACUGGAUGCAGCAAGGUCUUUUGAAGAUUAA